AUGGCGGCUUCCAUGACGGGAGAGCAAAUCCAGGCUCUCGCUGACGCCCUCGAACCUCUGACGCCGAAAAAUCUUGGACCAGCUGUUCAAGGCUUCGCAAUCGCCUUCGGAGUUAUAAGCGUCGUUGUCGUGUGUCUCAGGAUCUAUGUACGCGCUGGUCUGUCUGGAGUAUCGCCCCGACUUCUCGGUUUCGAAGACUACCUAGCAGUUCUUGCGACAAUACUCUUGAUACCGGCCGUCGUCUUCGCUGUCCUCGCAGCGCGCUAUGGAGUCGGUUCUCGCGAUACGAAUAUUCCCAACCAGAUGUACCUUAUCCGCGCCGUGGAGUACCAAACCUACUGGGAGCUUUUAUACUUCACUUCGUCGACUAUUAUCAAGUGCGCUAUCGGCUUUACAUGUAUACGCCUCGAUCGUCGGAAGCGAGUUGUUUUUCCUAUAUGCGUCAAUAUGUCGAUCAUGGUCAUCGUGACGGUGCUGGCGUUGGCGUUCGUGUUUGCCAAUUGCAAGCCUUUCAAUGCGACAUGGAAUCCAGCUUUGUUAGUUUGGAAUCCCUUUAACAAGUCUAUGCCUCCGCUAACAUGUUAUGCUAGGGGAACGUGUCAGAAGGUUAUCAGCUUGCAGACCGUGAGCUACAUCGUUUCGGCAAUCCAGAUGGCCACCGACUGGGCCUGCGCAAUCAUUCCGUUCUUUAUCGUAGCAGGGCUACAAAUGUCUCGACGAAGAAAGAUAUCCGUCAUCGCUAUCCUCAGUCUCGGUGUCUCAGCGAGUAUUGCGACUUGUAUUCGGAUGCCAUACCUAAAAUACUACGACACGGUGAAAUAUCCGAAUGAGAUCGCAUAUCAUCUCGGCGUCGUCAGUAUCACCUCCAAUGUCGAAUGCUGUCUCGGCAUCAUCGCAUGUUCUUUGCCCCCGCUGCGAAAACUGUUCAACUUUUACUAUGGCUCCUCCAACGAGGCCAACUAUCAGUACACGGGCGAAAGCGAGAACAUCCUUCAGAAUUCCGGUCAGGGCAUUAGGUUGGAUUCAAUCAAUGGUCGAAAAGGAACAUUUCACGCCUCCGCCCAACGUGUUCCAUCACGAGCUCGAGACCAUGAGACGGAUGAUGAUAACUCGAGCAAUAUCGUUUUGGACUCAUUCCGUGCCUGA